CGAGAGGGACUGGAGUGGCGCCUCAGUGAUAAAUUGUGACAUUUUGUGAAUUUUACUAGGUAUCCAGACUGUUUUUUUUUUGUUUUGGUGGAGUUAAAUAUGACUAGACUCAAAGUAGCGGUGAGAGUGAGGCCAAUAUCAAAAAGAGAACUAGACAUAGGUUCAACGUCAGUGAUUUCUGUUGAAAAUGAGGACACUUUAGAGAUAACCAACUUGAAGGUACCCGAACAAAAUACGGGAGACAGUCGGCAAAGAAUCAGGAGGUUCGCUUUCGAUUGCUGUUUUCGGGAUAGCUGCACGCAAGACCAAGUUUUCGAGUCGAUAGAGAAGGUGAUAAGCAAAUCGGUGAAGCAGCGAUGCCAUUCGUGCGUGUUGGCGUACGGACAAAGCUCCACCGGUAAAACGCACACAAUGAUGGGCGUGCCUGAAGAUCCCGGCAUCACGCCGAAACUGUGCCGGCGGCUGUUCGAUUAUCUCGAAGAAGCAGCCAUCGUCGGAGACGAAGUUUUCAACACGGAUGUGACAGUCAGCUACUUGGAGAUAUACAACGAAAAAGUACGCGAUCUCCUGCACGAUGAGCAAACAGAUGAGGAUAAAAUCAGAAGAAAGAAGUCUCCAUUGAAAGUGAGGGAACAUCCCAAAAAAGGACCUUACGUUCAAGGGCUAUCUGAGCACCCAGUGUCCAAUCCGUCGGACCUCCUGGACUGGCUCGAGAAGGGCGACAAGAAGCGCAAAGUAGGCUCCACGUUGUCCAAUCCGCGGUCGAGCCGCAGCCAUUCGGUGUUCUCGGUGAACUGCGCCGGCGUCAAAUUGAACCUGAUCGAUUUGGCGGGCAGCGAGCGGGCGGCCAACAGGUGCUUCGACCUGUCCAGGUUCAAAGAGGGCGCCAACAUCAACAAGAGCCUGGUCGCUUUGGGCAACGUCAUAUCCGCCUUAGCGGAGCAAUCUACUAAACAAAAAGGUAUAAGGAGAAAAUUCGUGCCAUACAGAGAUUCCGUCCUAACAUGGCUGCUAAAGGACAUUUUGGGAGGGAAUUCCAAUACUGUUAUGGUGGCAACGAUUUCUCCUUCCAGCGCCUGCUACAGUGAAACCGUCAACACUUUGCGUUUCGGGCAACGCGCCAAAAAUAUCGUCGCUAGACCGGUAGUGAACGAAGAUCCCAAAGAAAGGACCAUCAGGGAGUUGAGAGCCGAAAUUUACAGGUUGAGAGAAGUCCUGGACAGUCUUCAGAUCUCACCCCAUACUCAAAUGAACGACAAGAUCAAUGACCUUACCGCAGAAAAUCAAGAUAAAUCCAAUACCACAUCUUCAAACCAGAGUCAGUCUCGACUCCAGCCAGUGCCACUCCAAAGCAAAAACCCCACAUUGGAAAAGCAAAACUCAAGGGAUAGCAUCACCAACACGGAACAACUUUUACCGCUUAUAAACGUUACCAGUUCAGUGAAUUCCAAAAGACUCACCCAGCUCAAAAGAACUUUCAGUGUUGAUCAGCCCCUAUCAAAAAUGGACAACAAUUUCGGUUCCAACGAUUCCCUACCUUCCACCAGCACCAAAUCGAUACCAUCAACCACCCCAUCCACAGAGUCUUUGAGCUCCAGAAGGAGCAGCAUCCAGUCCUCUCUGCGAAGAAAAUCCCUUAACAAAUCCAUACCUUCCUUACCGAGAGCCACAGUCAAAAGAGGUUCCCUAGAAGCGACAUCUAAGAAAAUAGAAAAGGCAAUAUCGACAGACCAUUUACCUCAGAAAACAGUAGAGUCCAGAGUGGAUUCCAUCAGGAGAAGACCCUCAGCUAAGCCUAGGUCGCAGAUAGUUGCAGCAGUCACUAGCAGACUAUAUUCGAAGCUGAAAAACAAAGAAGUUUCGACAGACACUGACGAUAUCAACACUUACAAUCUCGAGGAAAUCGCCCCAAAGGAGCUCCAGAUCUGCGAGAACGCGAGAAAUCGCCUGAAGGAGAUCACCAAGCGAGCCCUGCGAGCCCACCGAAGCCGAAACGAGGAAACCCAGACCGACCUCAAGCCCGUGAGGAGGGUCAAAGAGACCUCCACCGACGUCAGCGAUCUCAAGCUGGAACUGCUCGAAGUGAGAGAAGCUGAGACCAGCUGCGACCCGGUGCAAACGAAAGACGCGGCGGUAAGCUGCGCCUGCUUGGACAGCUGCUCCGAGGCAAAAAGUCUGUUGCUCACCAGGUCUUGUGGGACGCAGUGCGAGGAGAACAAACCGAUGUCUUUCACCAAGUAUCUUCGCGAUAUCCAGGAAGAUUUGCCUCCCAAUCCCAUCUACACCAACGCGGUGAACAUCAAGAUCUCCAACAAUUACCAUAAUGGGGAGAAAGUGUCUGGCAAGAACUUUGCUGUGCAAGUGGGUGCUCAGGAAGAGUUUAGUGGGUGUUUGGCUACGCCGGAUCUGCUCAGCAACCACAAUUCUUUGGAGCACAACCAAGCCACCAAGGAGACGCAGAAGCUGUUCCACGAAAGCAGCGAGAAAAUCGAUGACGUGUUUGGGGUUGCUGAAGCGUUUUCUUCCCCUAGCACUUUCUCAACAGCAAAUUGUAGUGUUGUGUCUAAUUUUUCAACUAGUAUCCCUUCUGUGAAGCUAACCAAGACCUAUGCGCCAGAGAUUUUGCUGGACAAGUCGUUCGAAGACGAGUAUUGUUUGCCUUUGCCUAUCUUUGAACCGAAGAAAGCUAUGCCCAAUGUUCUGCACGCUGAUGAAUCGAGGUUCGAAGAGGCUGUUUUGGUGAAGGAACCUCUCAUCCUCAAGUCGAUCGUGAAGCACCAAGGUGCUGGGGAGCAAGAGGAACCAAGCGCUCUGAUGGAUUCGCUAGACUACCAUAGAGCUAAUAAGAAAGUCAAAUUCGUCGAGGAGCGAAAGGACGACCAGCAAAGAAUGUUCAAAGCCAUGUCCUCGUUCUUGGAGGAAGCCACCAAGAUGAUGUCGAAGCUGGAAAAGUCGACGUCGACCUCUCUCAUCGGCGACUACGACUUGGAGGUGACCUUGAACGAUAAAAGAGCUACGAGGAGGCACAAAAAGAAGUCCAGGCAUCCUUCGUGCCCGGCGCAUAGACCAACUGUGGAGGAGAAAUUCAUCCAGACCGCUUCGCCCCGGAAAACCACCUCUUCCACGCAGUGCGACGGCCUUUUUGGCUUGCCGCCCAACAGGUACGAGGUGGUACUAGAAGACUCCUGCAAGCGGCUGGAGGAAAAGAUCCGGUGGAUCCCGGAGGCGAGACCCAGACCUCCACAAAGCGACUUCUGCGAGGACACCUCCUGCGGGUUCGCGGAGGACCGGCGGAGUUCCGAUCUGGAGGAGUUCAUGGGGGAGAGUCCGGUGGCGUUCUCGGACUACGGGAGUUUGCCCAGGAAGAGGUAUACCACGUGGUCGAGGUGCAGCCCCAGCGCUUACCUGAGGCAGCUCACGCACAUGAGGAGGCAGAUCGUGAGGUCGUCGCGGGAGGAUUUGGAUAGCGAGGGGUUCCAGUGAUGGGGGUGGUUUUUUUCUCGUGGGGCAACCGUGUAUUGUUUGGAUUAGCUGUUCGGAAUUCCAGAAAUUAACAAACGGAGCAUUAAUUCAAAGUGAACUCCGAGGCGACAAAUACGUGGCUCGACAUUUUAUGUGCCAUAACAAUUGGAAAUUUCGACCGGAAAAAAGGGAAAACUGCCACAAUUAAAAGCCGAAGUUUCGUGCCUGGCUCCGCUCCAUGUCACCACGAUAAUAACUGUGAGAGUUGUAUGGGAGAUUUAUGUGUCAUUCAGAAGUUUUCAGAAUAUGAAGUUCUGUGGAGUUUCCUAGGUAAUUUUUAUAAUUCUCUCAUUAUCUAAUCAACGAGGUAUCUCAAUCGUAGCCACUCAAGAAUCGAUUUUUCAUUAUUAAUUUUGCUCACUAUAUUAUUUAUUGAAAAUAUGUGACUUCCAGCCAGAAUCAAGUCCUGUUAUAAGGAAGUAUAGUUGACAUUAUAACCUAAAACUAUACAAUGGGGAAGUUUCCUUCAGAUGGAUUUACACAAAAUAAGUUCGGAACUCUCCAGUUUUAUGUCCACGCUUUCCAGAAUGGCGACCGAUAAAGUCCGAGUCGUUUUCAUUUUGAAAUUAAAGCAAUUUCUAAUUUUCAAAGCGGCAAACUGUGACGUACAUUCUGAAUCUAGUCUGAAAAUAGUUGAUGGUGAAGAAUAUAGCUAGCGAAUUUGCGGGAAUCAAUGUUACCAGGUGGCGCUCGGUUUUCAUCGUUCCAUGUCAAAGCCACGUCAAAACUGGGGGAAAAACAAACUCAAUCCUCACUCAAUCCCAUAAGUGCCAUUAGCUUGUGUACUAUGUACUGAUAAGAGUGAUAAGUUUUUAAAUUUCUUGACAUUAAUUGUCAAUAUUCGAUCGAAAACGCUAAUAUAAUGCCUGUUGUAGAUGUUCUUUUGGCAGAUAUUUUGCUCUAUUUAGACGGAAAAAGCCGACCAGUAGUGGAAGGAGAAGCAGUUCUCCGUGCUAAUCAUGUGAUUUUGUGUGAGGCAGAUGACUUCAACAAAAGGCACAUUUUUGCAUUUUGUCUACAAACUUCGGCGAUGAAAUCUUCCCCGCACAUGAAGUAAAAUUGAAGUUGGGGUCCAGAGGAACUCCUGUAGAACAAUGGAUUUGUAUUUGUUCAUGCAAAGCAGGACAAUAUGGGUAUUGUAAACAUGUUGUAGCUGUAUUUUUAUAUGUCAAUAAUUAGUUUGAAUUGUUUGAACUAUCCCCAAUUCUUCAGCCGUUCACUGUUCACUAAACUACUAAACUAAUAAAAAUGUAAUAAUGUAAAAAAAUUAACCAACUCAACCAACAGUGCCAACACCUUAUGUCAUUGACAAGUUUGGCUACAGCUACAGCAAGCUGAAAGCAAUGUAGUCUAUGCACUUUAUCCAUAGACAACAGUUUGUUUUCCCCCAGUUUGAAGUUCGUUAUAUGUAACCUAGAUGUCGCCCACUUCGUGAAUCUCGC